CUACCAAUAGGCAUUCACAAUAGAACGACAUCAGUCGUCAGCUGUUCGAAUUGUAAUUUUCUCUCAAGAAAAUUUUUCCUUACAUCGUAAACAUGGAUAACGAGCAGCCAACAACAAGUGCUAAUGCAGCCCAGGCCCAGAACCAGACCAAGGAUCAGGACCACAAUCCCAUGCUGGACUCUCCGAUGCGUGGCCCCACACUGUCUACCUCGACGUCCAGUUUUGAAGCCUUGGCACACGCCCAUGAUCCAAAUCUCAGCAAGUUGGCCACAAAGAUGUUCCAGAAGACUGAAGACUAUAUAUCACACGAACUGAACGCGCCUUUGGAGGACUAUAAAUUGCUUGAGGAGAUGAACAGAGCCACUAUUGGUAAAUACAAGGAUAUGCGACAGAUAGCUGAAAAUCUCAAUGUGGGCACUAGCGAGCUGUGCGGCAAGUUCCAGCAGCUGGCACCGCUAAUGCAGCAAAUCGAUGAAAUAUCCGAUACCGUAGACAAGCUGGAGGCGGCAGCCUACAAAUUGGACGCUUAUAGCAUAGCACUGGAGAAUAGGGUCAAGUGUGUAUUACAGCGAAAGUCGCACGCAGGACAUUAAUCGACAAUGACAUUUAUUAAUUAAAGAAUAGCUUGUAAGUUUUACCCGAGUAACAAUUUAAAUAUAAUCGCAACUAUAUUAAGAAAUAUCAGCGGAACUGUUGAAAGUGGGAAAGAGAUGGGACACGUGUUAAUCUUUAAAGUGCUUCCAUUAUUAUGUGCUACUUACUCUUGGCAACUGUGCGAAUAGAGCGAAUUAGGUUCAGCAGCUGAUCUUUUGCACUGGGAGCUCCAAAGUCUUGUUGACCCGCCUGUCUGCCCCAACCAACUGUAAAUGCAGCGUGUCAAAAGUUGCAAUUGCGGCAAGUCUGGGUUUUAGUCUACUUACAUUUGGCCAAGAAACGUUCUUCAUGCAGAAUGCACACGGCAUUUAAGCAGAGCAGCGAGGCUUCAAUCAGUGUCCACAGUGUAAACAUUGUGUAUAGCGUAUAUAUAAAC